AUGGAGUCUCAACCCGACCCAGCUCCUCCCGCGCGCCCGGUCGAGACCGACCCGUCCUUGAGGAGACGAACCAGCUGCUUCGAUGUGCUCAAGAAAUUCGGCAAGUCUGCUUGGAGAAAAUUCGGUGCCGCCGCCAAAGAUUCCAGGACCAAUGUGCCUGCACAGCCCCAGCCGCCCAUUCAGUCUUUGGUCGUCGACGACAACGAGGAAAAUGUCCCGCCCACCGAAAACGAUCCCAGCACAGGGAAUCGCUUGGAGGUUGAUCCAAAUGAGACAUUCGAGUUAAAUUUCAAGAUUACGCCAUUUUCAACUCUGCCUAAUGCCGCCACUCGUGAGCGUCUCGCUGUGCUGUGUGCUCGUUACGGCCUGCAGUACGAUGACGGAACUUCAGACGCUCCGGGCCAGCUACGCGUUCCAAGGAAGACCAAGCAACGCGUUCGUGUGUCGUGCCACGUCUGCAAGUCCGUCUUCAAAGGCGAGCGUGUUUGCCAGAAAUGCGGACACGGCAAAUGCGAGGAUUGUCCGCGACGGUCUGUGACCGAGCCCAGGCCAACACCUGAAAGUGCCGUCGUUGUAUCCAUCGAUUCGUCUUCGGAUGACGACGAGCAGUCGGCGAAAGGCGCGAAGGAUGCGGAGCCGCGGCCAGAAACCUCAAAACCAGACGCUUCCCUGCCAAUCGUUGAAUUUUCCAAAUACACUUGCCACAAAUGUUCUGGCGAAUUUGCCUCUGUUACGAACACACCUUGCAGCAACUGUGGACACGAAAAGCGGUCAGGUCAAUGGGCCACAACAGCUCCGAGUAUAUCGACCAUGCAGGCAAAGGGUACGGCAUUUUUGCCAUCAAUGUGGUACUUUGUUCGGGCCAAGGUCGAGGACCUGCAGCCAGUGCAUGCAUACUCGGUGCAAGUCCUGCACUAG